AUGAGUAAAGAGAAAGAAAAGCUUGAAGAUAUUUAUGUAAAGCUUUCACACAAAGAACAAAUUUUAACACGACCUGACACUUACAUUGGAAGUAUAGAGCGAAAUGAUGAACAGGUAUGGUUAUACGAAGAGCCAACAGAACAAUACGAAGAAGGAAGAAUGGUCCAAAAAGUUAUUUCAUUAGCUCCUGGACUUUUUAAAAUUUAUGAUGAAAUUCUUGUUAAUGCAAGUGAUAAUUUUCAAAGAGAUCCUAAAAUGACUACUAUUAAAGUUACUAUUGAAGGUAAUUCAAUAACAGUUUAUAAUAAUGGGAAAGGCAUUCCAAUUGAAAUUCAUAAAAAAGAAAAUAUUUAUAUUCCAGAAUUAAUUUUUGGACAUCUUUUGACAUCUUCAAAUUAUAAAGACGAUGAUAAAAAAGUUACUGGUGGAAGAAAUGGUUAUGGUGCAAAGUUGGCUAAUAUCUUUUCUACUAAAUUUUCAAUUGAAACUUGUGAUGGAAAAAAGAUUUAUAAACAAACAUGGAAAAACAAUAUGUCAGAUAAAGAAGAACCAGAAAUUGAAAGUGUUAAAAAAGUAGAAGAAUAUACUAAAGUUACUUUUACUCCAGAUUACAAAAGAUUCCAAAUGAAAGGAAUGGAAGAUGAUGCUAGAAGAUUAUUAAUAAGAAGAGCGUAUGACAUUGCAGGAUGUAAUCCAGGUAAAAGGAUUUGGAUUAAUGGUAAAAAAGUUUGUUUUAAAAAUUUUGCAGAAUAUGCUCGAAUGUAUGUAGGUGAUGAGCCAAUAGUUUCUGAGAAAGCAGGAGAAAGAUGGGAUAUUUGUGUGUGUGCAAGUAAAGGUGAACCAAUGCAAAUAUCAUUUGUAAAUUCUAUUAAUACAUCACACGGAGGAACGCACGUAGAUUAUGUUACAGGAUUAAUGACCAAAUAUCUUGCUGAAAAAAUGAAAAAGUUAAAUAAGAAAGGUGCUGAGAUUAAACCAUUUCAAAUCAAAAAUCAUCUUUUUGUAUUUGUCAAUUCAUUAAUAGAAAAUCCUGCAUUUGACUCUCAAACAAAAGAAACUUUAAAAACACAAGUUAAUAAAUUUGGAUCAAAACCAACAUUGAGUGAUAAAUUUUUCAAAGAAUUAGGGAAAUUAUCUGUUGUUGAUGAUAUCCUUGCAUGGGCUAUUAAGAAAGGGGAAAUGGAUUUGAAUAAAUCUGGAGGAAAGAAAACAGCUAGAAUUACUGGGAUUCCAAAAUUAGAUGAUGCUAAUAAAGCUGGAACAAAAGAAGGAAAUUUAUGUACAUUGAUUCUUACAGAAGGAGAUUCAGCUAAAACUUUAGCCGUAUCAGGAUUAUCUGUUGUAGGAAGAGAUUAUUAUGGAGUAUUUCCAUUAAGAGGAAAGCCAUUAAAUGCAAGAGAAAUAGCACCAUCAAAAGUAAAGGAGAAUCAAGAAUUUGAAAAUAUUGCAAAAAUCAUGGGAUUAAGAUAUGGUAAAGUAUAUUCUUCAAUUAAUGAAUUAAGGUAUGGAAGUGUUAUGAUAAUGGCAGAUCAGGAUUUUGAUGGUUCACAUAUUAAAGGUUUACUCAUCAAUUAUUUCCAUACAUUUUGGCCUUCAUUGUUAAAAAUUGAUAAUUUCUUAGUUGAAUUUAUUACACCAAUUGUUAAAGUUAAACGAGGAAAACAAGAAAUUUCAUUCUUUACAUUACCACAAUUUAAUGAAUGGAAAGACGCAAGAAUUCAAGAAGGUCAAUUAAAAAAAUGGGAAAUUAAAUAUUACAAGGGUCUUGGUACUUCAAAAGACUCCGAUGCUAAAGCAUAUUUCAGUGAUCUUGACACACAUAAAAUCAAAUUUGCAUAUGAUGGAGCUAGUUCAGAUGAAGUAAUUGAUUUAGCAUUUAAUAGAAAGAGGGCAGAUGAUCGUAAAGAGUGGUUAAAAGGAUAUGAUCCAAAUACAUAUCUUGACCAAGAUGUUGAUAGCAUUAGUUAUGAAGAUUUUGUGCAUAAAGAAUUGAUAUUAUUUUCAUAUGAUGAUUGUGAAAGAUCUAUUCCUUCAGUUGUAGAUGGAUUAAAGCCAUCACAAAGAAAAGUGUUAUGGACUUGUUUAGAAAAAAAUAUUAUGAAAGAAUUAAAGGUAUCACAAUUAUCUGGACUUGUUUCUGAAAAAUCAUCGUAUCAUCAUGGAGAAGUAUCUCUUCAAGCUACUAUUGUUAAUAUGGCACAAAACUUUUGUGGAUCAAAUAAUGUUAAUUGGUUGUUACCAUCUGGUCAAUUUGGUUCAAGAUUAGGAGGGGGAAAAGAUCAGGCAGCAGCAAGAUAUAUUUAUACACGACUAUCAAGUAUUAGUAGAUAUCUAUGCCCUAAAGAUGAUGAUCAAAUAUUGGAAUAUCUAGUUGAUGAAGAUAGAAGAAUUGAACCAAAAUAUUAUUGCCCUAUUAUUCCUACAGUAUUAGUUAAUGGAGCUGAUGGUAUUGGAACAGGAUGGAGUACUGCAGUAUCAAAUUAUAAUCCACUUGAUCUUGUAGAUAAUUGCAGAAGAUAUUUAAAUGGAGAAGAAUUUAAAGAAAUGAAACCAUGGUUUAGAGGAUGGACAGGACAGUUAAGAAAGAAUAAAGAUGGGAGUGGAUAUGAUUGUUAUGGAAAAUGGAGAAGAUUAGCAGAUGAUAAAAUUGAAAUUACAGAAUUACCUAUUCAAAUAUGGACUGACACAUAUAAACAGCAUUUAGAAAAAUGUAUUGAAGCAAAGAUUGUAAAAGGAUAUUCAGAGUACCAUAUGGUUAAUACAGUACAUUUUGUUAUUGAUUUAGUUCAACCAAUGAGUGAUGAAGAUAUUUGGACUAAUUUAAAAUUAGUUAGUAGUGUUAAGACAACAAAUAUGCAUUUAUUCAAUUCUGAGUAUAAAAUUACUAAAUAUCAUACUGUCCUAGAUAUUUUAGCAGAGUUUUGUGAUGUUAGAAUGAAAGGUUAUGAAGAAAGAAAGAAAGCUAUUAUUGAAAGUAUGGAAAGACAAUUGAUGAUAUUGUCAAAUAAAGUAAGGUUCAUUAAAAUGGUUAUUGAAGGAGAUUUAAUUAUUAAUAAUAGAAAGAAAAAUGAAUUAUAUAAGGAUUUAAUUAAACUUGGAUUUGACCAAAUAAGAGAUCCAAAAAAAGCAAAUAAAUCAAAGCCCAUUGGUGAAUCUGAGGAUGCUGAAAUAAAAGAAGAAGAUGAUGACGAUGAAGUUGGUGGAUAUGAUUAUUUGUUAGGUAUGAAAAUUUGGACAUUAACAUAUGAAAAAGCAAAGAAGUUGAUGGAAGAUUGUGAUGAUUUAAAAACACAAAUUGAUACUGUUAAAACAACACCAGUAAAGGAUAUGUGGUUAAAAGAUUUAGAUGCGUUUGUAAAAAAAUAUCCACAAUGGUUAGAAGAAGAAGAGAUUUUGUUAAAGAAAGGAGAUAAAAGUACAAAAAGAGUUAUUAUGGGAAAGAAAGGAAAGUCGACUAAAAAGACAAGUAGAAAGGUAGCAUUAACAAGUUCAAUAAUGGACAAAAGUCCAAGUGAAUUGGCUAAAAAAUAUAAAGCAAAACUAGAAGAUUAUGAAUGGAAAACAAUGCCAGAUGAAAAUACCGAGAUCAAGAAAAAAACUAUUAAAAAAGUUACAACAACACGAAAACGAAAAGAUGAAGAUUUGAGUCUAAGUGGUGAUGAAAAAACAAAAAGAAAAAGAACAACUAAGAAAACAACAACUAAGAAAGUUACAAAAAAAAGAACAACCAAAGUUUCAAAAGAAGAAGAAGGUAUUGAUAAAGAAGAAAAUGAUACUCCUGCUAAGACUUCAAGAAAAAAGAAGACUAAGAAGGUAGUUGUUAAAGAAGAGGAUGAAGAAAGUGAUUCUAUUUUUAUUGACGAUGAUGAAGAUGACAAUGAAUCAGUGAAAGAAAUAAAAAGUGAUUCAACUGAUGAUGAAAUGAGUGAGGAUGAAGAGAUAUUUGAAGAAGAAGAAGAGGAUGAAGAACCAAAACCAAAAAGAAGAAAAAGAGCAUUAAAAAAAGAAAAGAGCGAUGACAGUUUCAUUGUUGAUGAUGAUGAUGAAAUAUGGUAA